GAUCGCCCGCGUGCCUGCCUAUCUCACGCCAUCCGUGACGUACAUCAGGGCCCUCACGUGCUGAUCGCUGAUCUGCUUCGCGCUAUCCCACCACAUAGAUAUCCACGCUGACCGCUCUGCCUCGCUCUGCCUCCUCUGCCUCUGCCUCCGCCUCUCGCCCUCCACGCGUCCACACACCCUCCACCGCCCUCAUCCCGCUCUCUCCACCGCUCCAGCACAAUCUCCACCGCCAGCCCCCGAUUCCGCCGUCGCAGUCAUGUCCGCCGACCGCAACUCGCCGCCGCUGCAGCCAGACCGCCAGCGCCGCCGCUCUUCUAUCACCGGCCAGACAUUCCAGGACCUCUUCGGCCGCACCAACAGCGUCAGCGGCCAGAGCAGCAAUCCCCCAUACCCCGGCCCCAUCACCACGGCCGCUGCCCAGGCCCAGCGUCGCCGCCUCUCCGUCACCACCCUGGGCCUCUCGGGCUCGCCCAACCAGACCUCCCCCUUCAAUCUGCGCCCUCGCACCGAGAGCAUCUCGAGCGCCAACUCGGGCUCCGUUGACGAGAGCCCCUUUGAAGAUGAUCCGGCCCCCUCGGCGUCGAGCAACCCCACCACGCCCUUUGGUCGGCGUCUCAGUUUUGGAGCACGCGCGCUGCGUGACGUGAGGACGGGCAAUGGGAACAUUGGCAAUUCCAAUGGCGACGGCUUCAACCUAGCCGAGAACCUACGCUCUCGAGCCGAGCGCUCCUCCAUCUCGGGCGCCCACCACAUUCCCCAGCCCUCUACUGCCCAACAUCACCGUGCCAAGAGCGUCACCAUCAUGGAGCCACCGGCGCGCGAGAUGCCCAAGCAGCCCAAGGUGCCCGAUGCCUUCCAGGAGCGGAUCCUCAAGGGGGAUUUCUAUAUGGAUUAACGAGUUCUCCCCGGACGUAUCGGUAUUAGUCAGGUGGCUGGCUUCCACAUUCUGGAAAAUGCGACCAUCGAAAGUCGCUCCUUGUCGAAAAUAUCGGCUAGACCAAUACUUUCGACGACCGACUAUUUGUGUUACCGGUGCA